UUCGGUGGCACAGCAACGCUACAGAAAAAGGAGCGAAUACCUAAACACCAAGACAUAGCCGCAGCAAACAGAACAAAACAAAUAUUGUGAUAAUAAUAAUUACUUAACGUAAGACUCCUCAUCAAUUUUGUUCCAAAUAGAAGCCCAAUGCAUUCAUUCAUUUCAUUUCAUCUUACAAAAUGAAUACUUUACUUUCUCCCUCAAAGAACAAACCAUAACAUUCACAUAGUUAUUUUUUAAUGUUAAUGCUACUACUCCAUAUACAACCAACAAAAGGAGCUAACUUUAUCACACACAACAAUUCACAACCUCUUUCUGGUUAAUGGGUCGGAGAAAAAUUCAACUAUUUGAUGAGAAAAAAGAUGGGUUUUUCUCACUUUCCGAUUUGGGUUCUCAAUCUCAUGACAACUACUACUCUUAUCCAGGUGGUUUGUUUGCUAGUGUUGGUCAAAUGGGAAUAGGGUUUGGUGUUCAACAACCCAAUCCUUCUGAUAACAAUGAUGACGACCCUAAACUUCCCUUCAAUGAAUUGUACACAAAGUAUAUUCAAUCACUGUGGAAAUUUGAGGCUAAUGGUGUUAAGGUAAAGGGGGGAGAGGAAGGAGUUAAGGGAAAGAAUAAAAAUGGUGGGUUUAAGCUGAAGAUUAAGAUAAGGAAUCCUUCUGUUAGGAGGUUGUGUAGUGGAGCAAUUGCUGGGGCAGUGUCUAGGACCACUGUCGCACCUUUGGAGACUAUUAGGACUCAUUUGAUGGUGGGGAGUAGUGGCCAUUCUUCCACUGAGGUUUUCCAAAAUAUUAUGAAAAGUGAUGGAUGGAAGGGAUUGUUUAGGGGUAAUCUUGUUAAUGUUAUAAGGGUUGCUCCUAGCAAGGCCAUUGAGCUAUUUGCUUAUGAUACAGUAAACAAGAACCUAUCCGCAAAGCCAGGGGAACAGUCCAAACUCCCGGUUCCUGCAUCAUUGAUUGCAGGUGCCUGUGCCGGAGUGAGUUCAACAAUAUGCACGUAUCCACUUGAACUACUCAAGACUAGACUAACUAUCCAGAGAGGUGUUUAUAAUGGUCUCCUCGACGCAUUCGUGAAAAUAAUUAAAGAAGAGGGUCCUGCAGAACUUUACAGAGGCCUGACUCCUAGUCUUAUUGGAGUUAUUCCAUAUUCAGCUACCAAUUACUUUGCCUAUGACACUCUACGGAAAGCAUAUAGAAAAAUCUUCAAACAAGAGAAGAUUGGCAACUUUGAAACCCUGUUGAUUGGUUCAGCGGCUGGGGCUAUUUCAAGUAGCGCGACUUUUCCACUUGAGGUGGCUCGCAAGCAUAUGCAAGUUGGAGCUCUUAGUGGAAGACAGGUUUAUAAAAAUGUGGUUCAUGCCCUUGUUAGCAUACUUGAGCAAGAAGGGAUCCAGGGUCUAUAUAGAGGGCUUGGACCUAGUUGCAUGAAGUUAGUGCCGGCUGCCGGAAUCUCUUUCAUGUGUUACGAAGCGUGCAAGAAGAUACUGAUAGAUGACGAGGAGGAGGAAUAGUUCAAGUCAGCUGCUUUGUUUCCACUGAAGGCAAAUUUUGGAAAUGCUGCAUACAUUUUUUAUGCAUUUGGUUAGCUUAAUUUUGGGUUUCUCUUGUAUUAUUACUGGAAUUUUUCACCCCCACAAAUCACAUUUUAUAAGCAUCUGAGAAUGGAACGUUGGUUUUUUUGUUUAUUUAUGCUACUGCCAAGCUUUUCAUUGUGUCUUGGCUGCACAUUUUCAUGGUCAAAAUCUACUCUUUUUUUUUUUGUAAUCCUGUUCUUGGAAAUUGACUGUAUACUACUCACCAAUCAUAUUUUUUGAAGUUAAUUUUUGUUAA